AUGUGGCCGGGUAGCCCGGCCAAAUCUAGCAGCACUGGCUUGAGGAGUUCUCUAUUUCCUUUGGUCAAGGAGCAUAGAUUCUUAGGAAUCAUCAUAGAUCACUGCUUUUCUGGUAAAUCUCAUCUCGAAUGGUUGAUCCGUAAAUGCAGAUCCAUAUGCAACAUGGUUGCUUCCUUGGCAGGGAUAUGGUGGGGUUCCCAUCCCCUCAUUCUUCUGAAAAUUUAUAGGGCAGUAAUGAGGAGCACCAUUGAUUAUGGUCACCAAGUCUUGUUCUUCCAGAAAAACCAUACUAGGAUUGGAGUGCUCCUCAAAUUAAGGAACAGAGCUCUUAGGGCGGCUCUUGGCUACCGGCAAUCUACUCCAAUUAAUGUUAUUUUGGGCGAGGCUAAGGAGCCUCCCUUUCACGCAAGGAUCGAAUAUCUCAAUACCAAGUUUCUGUGCAAGUGUUUCUCUCGAUCUGAGUGCACAGUUCUGGAAGAUUUUGAGGCGGUGGUGGACAAGGCUAAUUCGUCGAGUCGUAGAGCCUGGCUUCUUCGUAACAUUCCCAUCUUCAAAACGUAUAUUAAAAUCAAAGGGGACCUGGAGAAGCUUCAUCAAUCAAAAAGUCUUCCCUGCUUUUUGCAAGACUUUGAGACCCUACUCUUCAGACCGCCCUGUGUUGACCUAAAUUUAGGGGGUUUUCCGAGAGACAUCUCAUUGGGCUCCGUUUUCAGGAGCGAGACAGAGCUUCUAACCGCGGGGGCAGUUACAUUCUACACGGACGGCUCAAGGAGGGGGUGUGAGGAGUCGCUCAGAGUAGGCUUGGGAGUUUACUCUCCGGAAUUGGACAUCAGAGUGGCUUGCAGGCUGGAUAACUCUGCUUCUAUCUUUACUGCUGAGGCUAUGGCCAUUAAAAAGGCGUUUGAAUUGAUUCUUGACAACCGUUCCGUAGUCAGUAAGGCCGUCAUUUUCUCUGAUUCGCGCAGUGUGUUAGAGGCUUUAACCUCAAUGGACCCGUUUGUCAGGGGCGAUCUGGUCCCCGACCUUAGAAAUUUAGCUCGCCAUAUAACUGUCUUGGGGGUGGAAUUAAUUAUGGCCUGGAUCCCCUCUCACAGGGGCAUUGAGGGAAACGUGAUGGCGGACUUCCUAGCUGGUGAAGCCACUCUCAACAAAGAAAUUCAUAUUGCCAACAUCCCAUACACCGACUGUUUCUCGAUUGCUAAGGAAAUUUCGAACAGAGUCAGCAACUCCUAUUUCCAAGGGGAAAGUCUUCCCAAGGGUAAAUUUUAUCAUCUAUACUUUCAUUCUACGGCCCCUAAACCUUGGUUCCAUAAAAUCAGGCUCAAAAGAUCGGAAAUUGUUUUAAUUAACAGGAUACGCAGCAACCAUUGCAACCUCAAUUUCAGUCUGUUUAGGAAAAAUAUGAUUGAUUCUCCUUCAUGUCCCUGUGGAUACGAUUCUCAAGAUGUCAACCAUGUAAUCUUCGUUUGUCCACUAUAUAAAAGAUCCAUGGCUCCUUUCCUCAACUUCGUGAACUCUAAACAUCCCGAUCACCCCGUGUCUGAUAUCGCCCCUAUUAUCGUCUGUCCUUCUCCCAAGAUCUGCAGACUCCUCCUAGCAUCCUUUAAAAGUGCCAGCCUGCUUAUUUGA